AUGAGUGGUAGUCAAGAAGAAUUAGUUAAAGAAUUUGUCCACGAGCUUCAAAGUAUAAUGGAUAAUCGUCCACCGAUAUCUAAAGCAAAGAUGAUGUCAAUUACAAAAUCAGCUUUGAAAGCAAUCAAAUUUUAUAAAUAUAUUGUAAUGAAUGUUGAAAAAUUUAUUAUGAAAUGUAAACCUGAAUAUAAAAUUCCUGGUUUAUAUGUGAUUGAUUCAAUUAUACGACAAUCUCGACAUCAAUAUGGAGUUGAAAAAGAUGUUUAUGGAGCAAGAUUUGCCAAAAAUAUUCUUACCACAUUACAUCAUAUUGAUAAAUGUCCACCUGAUGAUAGAAAUAAAAUUACACGUGUAUUGAAUUUAUGGGAAAAAAAUGCUAUUUUUCCAUCUGAUUUAAUCCGACAACUUUUUGAAGUACAUCAGUUUAAUGUAAAUACCGAUGAAGUAUCAGCUGCAGUUGCACCUUCACAUGAUAAACCGAGUAGUGAAAAGUCUUCCAGUGGCAAAGAAUUGGAUCGUUUUCGUGAAUUACAAGAAACAUUAAUGCGUGCAUCUGCUAAAGGUGACCCAGAUACAACAUCUAUUCUAACCGAAAUACAACAAAUAACAAAUCAAUUAUUAGAAUCUCAAAAGAAAUCGACAACUGCAAAUAAUUCAGGUGAUGAACCAUCAUCAACAACAACAUCAAUUAUAAAUCCAAUUGAACCUGUACAAUCUAAUGUUGCUAAUGUUCUUGAUGAUUUUGAUUAUGGUUCAGAUAAUGAUGAUGAUGAACCUCGACGACAAACAAAUACAAAUAUUACAUCUAGUUUUCCUUCACAUAAUAUUUCACAGCCCAUACAAUAUCUUCCGCCACCACCGGGAAUGUUAAUCAAUCCUAAUCAUUCAAAUACAGUUUCAUUUCCUAUAACUGAUGCUAAUAAUAUGUCAAUAUCUAUGUCAUUUGAUCCAACACAUCCACCACCAAUCUUUUUUCAACAACCAUUACCAUCAUCACUUUCUACACAACAACAUCAACAGAUACAUUUUAAUGACAAUCGUCAAAUGUUACAUCAGCCAACAGAUGUUGAUCUUCGUCCAGAAGAUAUGGAAUCAGAUAUAACUGAUGAUCAUCAUCAGCAACAUCAUUCUCGUAUACCAACGUCAUCACCAUCACGUUUUCAUUAUAAUCGUCGUCGUUCUCGUUCACGUUCACGUUCACAUUCACCAUCUCGCGAAUCGAAACGAACACGUUCAUCAUCAAAUUCAAUUGAUCGACGAGGUUCUGCAACAUCACGUUUAAAAGAAGUUGAAAAACGUGAACGUCAUCGAAAAGGUUUACCACCACUCAAAGAAGAUCAUCUUGUUGUUAGUUCAAGAACACUUUGGCUUGGACAUUUACCAAAAAUAAUUAGCGAGAUUGAUUUACGUGAAACAUUAGAACCACAUGGAGAAAUAACCGAUAUUAAUAAUAUUCCUCCACGUGGUUGUGCAUUUGUUUGCUUUAAAGAACGUUCGGAUGCAUCAAGAUGUUUAGAAAAAAUGAAAGAUUAUCGUUUUCAUGGAAAUCCAAUUAAAAUUGCAUGGGCAACAAAUAAAGGUUUAAAAAAUCGUUUUAAAGAUUAUUGGGAUGCUGAACAUGGUUGUACAUAUAUACCUUAUUCAGAAUUAAAAGAUAUUCCUAAUUUAACAGCAUUAGCUGAAGGUGGAACUAUCGAUGACGAAUCAAUACCAUCAUCAUUAAAACCUGCUGUGCCACCAAUGAUACAUCAUGACAUUACUCCAUUAGUUCAUCAUCAUCAACAACAACAACAGCAACAACAACAACAGCAGCAGCAGCAGCAGCAACUGCAACUGCAACAAAGACAACCACUUAUUCAUCAACAACCAUCAUUUCCACAACAAGAAUUUCAACCACAACAAAAUCUUCAACAUGGACCAACAACUGUUCAUUUAGAAUCAACGAAUCGUUUACCACCAGGGUCAACAAUCUUAAUGGGACCACCUCAUGAAUCUUCGAUACAUGUUGGUUUACCUGUUCAAAUGAUGCCACCCGGUGCACAACUUAUUCAAGUACAACAACAUCCACAUGGACAACCUUUACAAGUUGUUCAACGUAUUCCCGGUCAAAUGUUUCAUAAUAGUCAGAUUGUUCACCAAAUGCCAUAUGGUCAUGUAAUUAGAACAGCUCAACCUGGACAAACUAUUCAAUUACAACAUCAUCCUGCUGAUUUAAAAGAUUUAAAUGCACAAGCAUUUGCUCAAGGUGGUGGAUUGCAUCUGUUAACAAAUGCAAAUUCAGUACCAACUCAUCAUCAUUUAAUGGGAACUACUUCUGUAACAACAGGAGUUCCAUUAACUACAGCUACUUUUGCUCAUACUGUUGAGGGACCUUCUCUAAUCAAAUUUCAUGAUGAUUCUCAUCGACAAAUUUCACCAUCAGGACAUUUCGAUGAACAUCAUCAUCAUCAUCAUCAACAGCAGCAGCAGCAUCAGCAGCAUCAUCAUCAUCAUCAUUUAUCAUCAACUGAUGAAUCAUUAGUUCGUUUAUCAACAUCAUCAUCUACACAUUUUCAACCACAACUUACGACAUUACAACCAUCAUUACUCGGUGCACCAUCAUCACCACGAAGUAUUCAUCAUCAUCAUCAACAACAACAACUUGAAAAUAAUGUUAUACAAGGAGGACGACCACCACCAUCACUUUUGCAAAUACCAGUUAAUAAUGAUGAACAACAACAACCAUCAUUUCCACGACGAAUAAGUCGUUUUGAAGAACGAGAAAGUGUCCCACAAUCACAUGAUAAUAAUGCAAGUUAUCCAUCAUUUCGAGGUGGACGACCUAAUUAUAAUGAUCGUAUGACUUCUAAUACUAUGUCUAGAGGUUUUAAUCGAGGAAGAGGAGGUAAUGGUGGAGGUGGAGGUAGUGGCGGUCGAGGUUAUAAUAAUAAUGAUAGAAGUUUUCGAUCGGAUAAUAAUGAUAAUAAUCCUGGUGGAUUUCGAAGUCGAGGUGGUUUCAAUCGAGGAGGUCGUGGUGCUGGUGGAGAAUUUCGAUUUCAUGGUCGCGGUAAUAACAGAGUUAAUCAUGAACAUUCACCUACACGUCGAUCAUCUCGUAGUCCUGAUCGUCGUUCAUCUUCGAGUCGUAAAGAUCAACAUUCAGAUAAAUACUCUUCAAUAACUGGAUUUUCUGGACCACCAACUGAUGAUUAUUCUCACCGUUCGCUACCAAGUGAAGCAUUACGUAAAAAAGAUAAAUCAAAUUCAGAGCUAUCAUCAAAUGAUUCCAAUAAUAAAUCAUCAUUAACUAUUGAUGAAACAAUCGGUAGCAGAAGUGGACAUACUGAUUAA